AUAUGGCAAUGCCAGAUUCUGCUGCGUGAAAUGGAGGAACGUGAAAAAGGUUUUCAAAACAAUCGUCUUUGUAGGGUAUUCAAAUAAUUCCACGCCUUUGAUCUCAGUAAAAUGGACAUAAUCAAUGCAAAUACGGCCAUGCUCAGCAAUUUUGAAGUAUUGGAAUUAUUGUCCAGUUUACGAGGCAAAGGAGACCAACCCAGGAACCAAAGUGGGUCACUGGCCACCAUAACAUAUGAAACUAUAAAGUAUCUAGAAGGCACACCUGCUGCAGUGCAGUCUGACAUAUGUUUAAAGAAAUUUCUUGAUGAAGUGAAAAAGUUUGGCCUAACAAAAAAGGAAAAGACGAUGUUGUUAAAUUUGAGGCCUACAACAGCAGUUGAAAUAUCUCUGAUUGUGCAAUCUGCAGAGCAGGAUAGAUUGACUGAAGAGCAAACUGAAGAGCUGAUAGAAAUAAUCCAAAACACUUUGCCUGCAAAAACUGAUUAAAUUGUUAUUUAACUAGCUAAGGUUCAGAAGUAAAUAAACAUUCUGAUUUGCACA